AAGGGCUGGAUUUUGGAGUUGCUUCUGUGGGAGUGGGAGAGCGCACACUGAGAAUUGUGCAACUUAAGCGUUGUUGCGAUUGUAGCUAUAGGAAAGAGCGGGCAGAGUCUGGGUUAAGCUUUGCUGGGCGAGGGUGCCAGGGUGGUAACGGGCUGAAUAGGCUAAAGGUUUGGUGCCCGGCGGGGAGAACUUGGGGCCCGGGCAGAGUUAAAUCCAUACUGGGCGGGCAUUGAUGUUCUUCCGUGGGGUGUUCCUAAAAGUUUUGCCAAAGGAAGUAGAGAGCGAAGUCACUGACAGGAGCCGUGUGAUGUGAAAGAUCCCACAACUCCUCGGCAAAGUCAGCUUAUCCAAUAUCCAGUGUUGCCUGGAACCCUGCUCGCCAUGUCUGGCACCCACUUCUCCUGGGAUAGUGUGGGGGGCUGCCAGGUCCUGCUGGCCUGUGUACUGGUGCUGCUUGGCACUUGGCUUUUCCUCCUGGCAGAAAGGAGGCGUAGGCACAAGUCUAACCCGGAGCCCUGUCUGUACCCCCCGGAGCCCUGUCUGUACCCCCCGGAGCCCUGUCUGUACCCCCCGGAGCCCUGUCUGUACCCCCCUGAGCCCUGUCUGUACCCCCCGGAGCCCUGUCUGUACCCCCCGGAGCCCUGUCUGUACCCCCCUGAGCCCUGUCUGUCCGCCCCUCGGCCUGCUACCGAAGUGCAAUUAGUGGCACAGAGUAUGGAUAAUAUCCUUAGCCAGCUGAAGCUCCUCAACCCAGACCAGCUUAGAGAAGAAAUAUUAAAGGCUGGAUUAAAGUGUGGACCAAUCACAUCCACCACAAGAUUUAUAUUUGAGAAGAAACUAGCACGUGUGUUACUGGAGCAACAGGGAGUGAACUUAGAGGAAACCACAACUGUUUGUGAUGGGAAUGCAGGUGCGUCUGGGAAUGCAGGCACUGAUAACAGGCAGCACACAAAUUACACCCAGAAGAAAAACUGCUUGGAAGAUGGGGACUUUGGGUACAGUGUUGGAUUAAAUCCACCUUCCGAAGAAGCUCCGUUGGCAGGGAGAGGUUUUUCUGAAGUUAAUGGAAGAUCGUUAGAUGAUUGUCAGACCUUCACCCCAACAUGUAAGGAUCCAUCAAUGUUCUAUGCUGUUUGCCCUGUCUAUGAGGAGACACUAAAUAAAAAUGAAAAAGUACAUAUUUAUGCAGACAAGAAAGAAGCACUUCAAGUGGUUAAAAUGUUAAAAGGUUCAAGGUUUAAGGCUUUUGUCUCCAGGGAGGAUGCUGAGAGGUUUGCAAGAGGCAUAUGUGACUACUGCCCAUCACCUAGCAAGUCUUCAGUGAUCCUGUCACCUGUAAAACUUUCACCAGCUCUAGUGAGAGAUGGAAUCAACUCUUCAGAGAUGGAAAACAUCAACAAAGAAAGGGCAAACAACUUCAAAAGUCCAAGGACACAAGAUCUAACUGCAAAGCUGAGGAAGGCUGUAGAGAAAGGAGAUCAAACAACAUUUUCAGAUCUUAUUUGGACCAAUCCACGUUAUCUCAUAGGUUCUGGAGAUAACCCUACUGUAGUGCAGGAAGGGUGCAGGUAUAAUGUCAUGCACGUGGCUGCCAAGGAGAAUCAGGCUGGUAUCUGCCAACUCCUCUUAGAUACAUUGGAAAAUCCAGAAUUCAUGCGGCUCAUGUACCCAGAUGAUGAUGACCUCAUGCUACAUAAGCGGAUCCGAUAUAUUGUUGAUCUGUAUCUAAACACUCCAGAUAAAAUGGUUUUUGACACUCCUUUGCACUUUGCUUGCAAGUUUGGGAAUGCUGAUGUUGUCAGUGUGCUAUGCUCUCAUCCUGACAUUUUAAAAAAUCCUCGAAACAAGUAUGAACAGACCCCGGAAGAGGCUGUCUGUGAAAGAAGCAAAAAUAAAUCUGCAGAACUUAAGAAUAAGAUAAAAGAGUAUUUAAAAGGUCAUUUUUAUGUGCCACUGUUACGGGCUGAGGAUAACUCCUCGUUUCCAGUUAUAGGAGCUCCAUGGUCUCCCGAGCAGCCUGACCUAAUCCAGACCAGAUUCUCUGGCAGUCCCAAAGAUCCGCUAUUAGCUGUGAGAGCAUUUGCAGGCCCUAUGAGCCCUUCUAAGGCAGAAGAUUUCAGAAGAGUCUGGAAAACACCACCACGGGAGAAAGCUGAAUUUUAUCACAAAAUCAGAAAAACAGACCCAGAAAGAGGAGCAGAGAGAGUGGGAAGAGUGCUCGCUCAUGAACUGGAUGUGCCUUGGGUGGAGUACUGGGAUUUCCUUGGCUGCUUUGUUGACCUCUCUUCCCAGGAGGGUCUGAGGAAGCUGGAGGAAUAUCUGAGCAAGAGAGAAACAAGUGAAAGGGCACAGCGGGAUUCAGAUUAUGAAAUAUGUAACAAGUAUAAAACGCCUUCAGGAAAGAGCAAAAAAAUGUGCAAUUCCAUUUCUGUUGGAGCCUUUCUGGAUGAUGAGGAUGAAAUGAGUUUGGAAGAGCUAAAAAACCGCCAAAAUGCAGCGCUAAAACACAGCUACUCUCACUCAGAGACAAUCACGGUGCCUGAGUGUAUUAUGGAAACCAACACAGUUCCUAGUGGUGAGCACCAAAGUGGUACCAAACCUGGAUUCUGUAGCCCAUUAUGCCAUGAUCAGUAUCUUCCUGGGGAAAGUAGGCAUAAAGGUGUCCAUGAAGGAAUGCUAUCACCAGUCUCUAACCUUAUGGCUGAAUUUGAUAAACUGGCAAUUUCAGAAAAAAGUGAGCUUGAGAAUGAGACAUGGAACAUAGAGCCUUCUCUAAUAGCUAAAGAAACUGAGCACAAUUUACAUGCUGGUUCAUCAACCAGGACAAAUGGUUCAGUGUUAUCACAAGUUGAGCAAAUGAUGCCAGAGCUCAGCCUGCAGGAUAAACUUUCUCCACCAAGAAACAGUAUUGGUCUCUCACCCCCACGUGCCUCUUUGGACUCUUCCAUUCAUCUGGGUAUGAAGACUCCACCAAGAAACCAAUGCAACAAAAGCAUCUUCCUGCUGGGAAGGGAACCUUCCAAACUAGACAGUGAUGUUCUGUCAGCAGUGGAAAAUGUAGAACUCGAUGGACAUCAGUACCCCAGUGUUUCUAAAUGGAUGCAAGCAGUGUUGUCUUAUCCCAAUACAGCUCGCCAAAGUUGGCCAAGUCCGGCACUUCUGUCAGGUAGAGGUAAGUCUCAGAUGUUUUGUUCCAAUUCACCUGGAAGCCAUGCCUAUUCUACGCCUGGGCGAAACAGUCCCAUUCCUGGAAGCCCUGGGAAAUACAUGAACACAUCUGAUUAUGGCAGCCCAGGAAGGUAUAGCCCUGCAUACGCCAGUCAUAUCCAAUUGCUACGUGUCAGACACUUUUCAGACCACCCUGCACUUUAGAAAAAUAAACUUCCUUUUAAGAGGCUUGAGCUCCGCCACAUUUAACGUUUUUGGAGAGAAUGGACGAAACAGAUGCACUCUUCUUGGGAAGAUUCUGUUUGAAGUUUAAUAAUUUGACAUUUUAUUCCUAAAAUGAAGAGCAGAUCAUGGGGUCUGAUACAUAAUUUAUUCUUCAUCAUUGAAGGUGUCUUUAUUGGAAGAGGAAUAGACUGUAGUAAUCACAGUCAGGCAAUGCAUCGGCUGAAACUAGAAUAGAACUAGGUAGUGACUCGCUAGUUUAUAGAGCAAUAAUUUCCAGGUUUCUGUAGGUGGCUUUUCACUUACACAACUGAUAAUACAAUUCCACAAUACUAUGAUGGGAAAGCCAUGUACAUCAAGUAUCUACAUUUUUGUGUCCCGGUGCAUUUGUAGUUUUUGUAGUCUUUUUAUUGUUUACAAUGUUUUGACCUGUUUUAAAUGUAAUACAUUUUAUGGAGCCCCCAAGUGUUUAUAUCUUUAAAAAAAGCAAAACUCUUAAGUGUUUGGCUAUUGCUGACCCCUUCCAAUUUAAUAAGCCAGUAACAAAUUACAGUAUGCACAAUAAUUACUCAUGCACAGAUGCCCAAGAUGACCUUUUAUUCACCCACAUGCAGCCUGAACUACCAGAACAAAUUAAGUAUACCAGUAAAGGUUGGUCACCAUAUUUGACUGCUUGUAGGUGGCCUUUUGUAUGACUGAAGCUCGAGGGAAGUACAUCCUUACUGUUUAGAUCAGUGAUGUUAAUCUAUCAGCCAGCAUGCCCCACGUAUCCGCCUCUUAGCUUCCAUCAUGACAAAUGCAUUGACCCUUUUCGUUAAUUCAUUUGGAGGAUAUGGAUUUAUGUCAGGGAGUUUCACAAUAGUUGAAUUGAAGUUUUCCCAGAUACUGUGGAAAUUAUCUAUUUUUAUGGUGUCAUGGAUGAUAUAAAACUGUGAUUCAGUCAUCAGGGUCACUCUAAAUUCAAUUAAGAAUUUCCUUUGUUGGUGUAAGCAUUACACCUUUUAAUAAGCUGCAAUUGUAUCCAUGAAAAUAUAGUUUAGCAGUUUGCCCCGAAUGGACCACAGAACCCAGAAACAAUACCUUAAAGUGACAUCAAGCUGCUAUACUGUCAUAGGAACCUGCUUAGAAAGUAGGGAUUUACCAAAUGCUAAAUAUUUGAUUUGGCCAAAUCCUUCACAAAAGACAUGGCUAAAUAAUGAACUGACUUUAAACUCUAUUUUGCGUAUAUGAUAACUGAACAAUUAUUCAGAGUAUUAGUCAUGUAGCUUUAAGGGUUUAGAUUCUGUUUGAUUGGACACUAAAGAUUUGGUUGAAUCACUAAAAACCACCUUCUGAGCAAUCUUAAUACACCGUAAGGACAAAUUUCCUUUAUCUGUGCGAGACCACAGCGAAGAAACUGCCCUGUGUCUGCUCUAUAGGAACUUAGGCUGUACAUAGAAGUGUCUGUGGUAUUGCUGUAAUAUGGAGAGUGACAGUACGGCUUUUACAGUAAGGACUUCUUUUUAACGGGGAACUAUCAUGCAAAUAAAAAUGAAACUGCAUGUCAUGGUAAUAAGAAACUUUCUUGCAGAAUGUAUAAUUUAUUAUAUUCCGGUUGUAAGCAGUCUCUCUAUAAGCAGCUUUGUGUUGGAGUCUGGUUUUGUUGAUGUACAGCUAGCUCUAAUACAUCACUGGUCCAGUGUCUCCAUACCCUAGCCGAUGUAUGCUAGCAAACUGUCUUUGCAAAGAAAUGAUCAACACACAGCCUCCUAUAGUGACGAUUCAUUUUAUUGUUUUAUAAAGGGUUUAUCAUUUGAUUAUGUUAUAAAAUGUGUUUCCAUAACUUGUAGCAUAUACUGUAUUACAUUUUUUUUUCAUGAUAGUUCCCCUUUAACAGUUGCAGGCAAAUGUUGGUGGGACAUCCGUAUAUAAAAGGUUUCCUAAAGGGAGCAAACAUAAUCUGGAACGACUGCCUUUAAAGACAGAGCUUCUAACCAGUCAGACUCCCUUGGGCACUGAUACUUAAAGGGACGUUUAUCAAAAUAUAAGUUUAGAGCUUAAUACAUAAAAACUCGCCCAUGUUUUGUUCAUUCCUAUGGGAUUUUUAGAAGCAUAUUUGUCAAUGGGUGAAAGUUAGAAGUUACCAUUUCAUAAAUAUGCUUUUAAAAAAUCCCGUAGAAAUGAAGGAAUCGUGGAUGAGUUUCUAUGUAUUAAUCUCUAAACGCACAGUUUGUAAAUCUGCCCCUUAUUCUGUGGGACCAUCUCAGAGGUCAGUUUGUUAUAAGGGAUGUUUCAAUAUCAGUCAAAAUGUAAAUAACCCCUUGUUUUUGUUUUACCGUUUUGUUUUUAAAAGUGCCAACGUUUGUGUUUAUUGUAUGAUGUGUGGUUUAAAUAUUUAUGGUUCCUAAAAUUAAGUAUGUUAUAUGCUGGUUUGGUUAAUAAUAAAGCAAUUCUACACAUGGUUGGUACCCAAACUAACAUACAUGGCUUCUCUAAUUUUACUUCAGCAGCAAUUUCCAAUGACACCUGUAGGAAUUCUUUCCCUAGAUUUUGCGGCCGUUCAUAACUGAGCUUGGUCUAAAUGCAUGUACUUGUUCUCUACAGUCAUAUAUAUUAUGGCAUAUAUAUUAAGCUGGUGUCAGUUCUACAGCUUUACACUGGGGGAAAACAGAAAAGAGCAUAAGGCUUUUGUUCAGUCUGUCCUUUUUGUUCUGGGAGCAAUCCUAUUCCAGUAGCCAUUUCUACCACCAGUUUCCUUGUGCCUUACUAUGACAACUGUUUUAAUAAAAGCCAAUUUUGCACAUUUACUCCA